ACCCCGUCCCCGCAGCGGAAGCGCAAGAAGAAGGGCCGCCCGUCGCUCCUCGACCUCCAGCGCCGCAGCCUCCGCCUGCAGGCGCAGAGCCCCGAGGCCGCGUCCCCGCCGCCCCCCGCCCGCCGCGGCCCCGACCCCUCCGACGACGACGAGGACGCGGGGGGCAGCACCGGGCGCCGCCGCCAGAAGCGGCUCAAGAACGUCCUCUCCGGCGCCGGCGAGGAGGAGGAGGAGGGAGCUGCGGUGGAGGAGAAGAAGGAUGCGGCGAAAGCGACGGGGAAAGGGGCCGCUGCGUCGUCGGGUGGUGGGCCCACGGGGACGCCCCUCCCGGACAAAAAGUUGCUGCUCUUCAUCCUCGACAGGCUCCAGAAGAAGGACACCUAUGGAGUUUACUCGGACCCUGUCGACCCGGAGGAGCUUCCGGAUUACCAUGAACUCAUCGAGCAUCCCAUGGACUUCUCAACGAUCCGCGAGAAGCUUUUGAGCGACAAGUAUACCAUCUUGGAGCAGUUCGAGAAUGAUGUAUUUCUACUUACAUCCAAUGCCAUGGCCUACAAUUCAGAAGACACAGUAUACUAUCGCCAGGCACGGUCUAUUGAAGCUCUUGCCAGAAAGGAUUUUGAGAACUUGAGGCAAGCUAGUGAUAGUGAAGAAGAACAGCCGAAGACAGCACCUAGAAGAGGCAGGCCACCAAAAAAUGCAAAGAAAACAGUUGAGAAGGUUGAGGACGAUGGUUCACCAGAUUUAUCCAAUGUAAAAGGAAACAGAUCUGUAGACAACACUGAGACAAGAAAAAGAUGGACUAGUGAGAGAACUCGAAAUAAUAUUACCAUGAGAGAUUCAUCCAUUCUUCACCACAGCACGUUCGGUUCUUUUAGUGGUAAAAAAACAGAGAAAACUGGUGUUUACUCAGGGUCUUCGAAGUAUGGAAAGAAGACUACUAUUUUAGACGAUGAUCGGCGGAGUACGUAUGAUCAGCAAUACUCAAAUUAUAGUCCUCUUUUUUCUGCCCUUGAUUGUGAGCGGAAACAACUACUUCCAAUUGGGCUUCAGCAGCAACAUGCAUAUGCCAGGAGCUUGGCACGGUUUGCGGCAAAACUUGGACCAAUUGGAUGGGAUAUAGCAGCAAAAGGAAUCAGACGUGUAUUACCACUCGGGACAAAGUUUGGCCCAGGAUGGGUUGUAGAUGGCGAGCCACCUCAAAACUCGCAGUGUCCGCGAGUUCCUGAAGUUACCGACCCGACCGCAAAGUCCAGUAUUCCAUCAUGCGUUAUACCACCCAAAAGCGAUGAUCUACGUCGGAGUUCUGAGCUAUCUUCAGAUGGGGAUGCUGCCGCAGGUGAAGAGUAUCUGACUAAAAACCAGCCAGUGGCGUCUACAUCAGCAGGCUUUGAAAGGAGCUCUACACCUGCCAGUAAAAUACCCACGUAUGAAAAUGGAGCUACCAUGACAGGUGAUGGUGUGGGUAAUACUCGACCAUCGCCUCCGUUACAGCAGCAGAGUAACAGUCAAGAAGUCCCCUCUAAUAUCAACGGAAUGACUGCUGCGCCGAACACCAUGGGUCAGUAUGCUGGACAAGGUUUAUUUGAGCAAAUGACGCAUGCCCAAGUGUUGGGGAUGUUUUCUGGAGUCAAUGGCAGAGCCAACGGGUUUCGCCAUGGGCACCAACUGACGGAGGAGAGUGUUAAAACAGCGCAGAAUGGAGUGAUUGGAAAGGCAGCUACCACCACCAGCUACUUGCAAGAAGCAGAUCAUGGUCCAAAGGGUUCAUAUCCACAAGACGAGAACAGGUCCGCUUCUCCAAGCUUGAAUGCUGCCGGUUCCCCGCCUAGGGGGAAAGCGGCAGCGAAUCCGAAGCAACCAGACUUGGUAUUACAGCUGUGAGAAGCGCAGUAGCAGCCAUUGACAUACAUAGUUAGUAUCUGCCACCGCUGAUGGAAACGAGAUGGAUCGGGAAUUCAGAAUCCUGCUUCUCCAGGGCCGAUCAUCCAGCUCCGGAUCCGCUGAUAGUACACCCGAGAGGUGCCCAAGAGCUUGGAAAGAAGGAUAAUCAAAGACUUAACCAACCGACGGAGAAUAAAAUGAGGGUCGUGGGAAUUGAAGGGAAUAAUCAGGGAUUGACCCCUAGCGAGCGGGCGAAUGAAGUUGUUGUAAAAGGGUAGGUAGUGUACAGAUUCUGAUCCUAUUGGAGACGACGAUAAUGUUCCAGCGCUCGCCUGGUAGCAGCAACCGAAUCGAAUGUGUAACAUUAUUUAUAGUAGAGAAGUUAGCAUACAUGCAAGCAAAGCGGGAAGAAGGCAAAGGUGAAUAGUUGUGCCGUUUCCUCCGUUCCAUCUUGACCUGAGCAGCGGCCUGUGGCAUGAUCAUGUUCUAGUAGUAGUAAGAAUCCAAUCUCAUGACAUGGUUAUGUUAUGUGGUGGUGGUAGUAAUGAUUUGUUGAAGUUGAAUAUAUUUCUUGCUGUGGAAUCUUGUUGGUAUAUGCUGAAGAAAUUGGAUGGAUGGAUGCUGUUGUUUUCGUCCUUUUGGGGA